GCUUAUCUUAAAAAUCGGGUAAGUUGAUAUAUCAGCAGCUGUUUAACAACAAUGCAAGUAUCCUACUCUAGGUAAGCAUCAACAUCAACAAAAAGCUAGCUAUUAAACGUUGUAUCUUACUUUUAAAAAAAAGAACACUUUCAUACAAAUCCUCACGUCUGAACUUACAAUUGAAUUAUAUAAUUUGUUUUCUACUUGCGGCUGAACUUAUAACCUUCAAUAUUCAUUGAUGCAACUGUGUGUAUACCCAUGAAGUAUUCUAAGUUUCUUUUAUAUAUAUAUAUUGUUUACUUUUUUUUAAAUGUAUUUUUAUGUAAUUAUGAAAAUACGAACUGUUUGAAAUAUUAUGAUUUUUUUUUAGAGAAUUGAAAAAUAAAUAAGUAAUCAUUUUUAUUUUUAAGUCACUUGUUAAGUUUUAAUCAUGUUUUAGUUCACAAUUUGCCCCAUUUAUUAAAUCUUCGCUUUUUUAAAAAGAUUUAAUAAAAAAAUUUUGUUGUUGCAUUUUGAUUGGUGGUUGGCUGUCAACUCUUGUUUCAUAACGUAUUAUUAACACUGACUAAAUUUUGUUUGCUUUCUUUUGUGUUUUCUUCUAGCUUUUUAUUAAACAGACUGUAAACGACUCUCGCUUUACUAUCCUUAUAACGUAAAUCAGUGUUAAUGUUUUUGCUUUUUUAAACAACGUAUUUAUUUCUAUUUCGAAAAUAGGUAUAGAAAACUGCCAUAUUAUGUUCUUCCAAGUACAGACACAAACCCAUGUUAACAAGAAAUCAACAGUCAUGUUAUUAUUACUUUGCUCAGCACUUCUACAAAUAUUGUUUGUGAAUGGGGGCUUUGUUGAUAUAACAUUACACAAUGACACCGCCACAAGAACUUUCAGCUUCACGUAUGAUGGAUAUAUUGGGUAAGAUGUUUUCUUUAUGUAAAAUAAUAAUUAAAACAUAAUAAUAAUAAAUCUAUUGAAUUCAUUUUGGAAUGACUCAUUGUAUAGACAUAUCGUAAGCACAUUUUUGGUCAAUUUAAAUAGUGAUACUUGAAGCAAAGAAAAAUAACAAUGAUAAAGUUGUGUCUCGUCAUGAUUUUUUUAAGUUAGGGGCCAUUCCUAUAGCACCUUUGCAAAAAAGGUCCCAGUUUUUGCCAUCCUACUUCCCCUCUGUUUCACGCGAACAUUUUUGACGAAGCCCCUAAAUGCUUACGUACAUUGAGCUUUCGACCCACCACUCAUGAAAACAAAAUCAAAUUAUCUUUACACAAUAAUGACGCUACAGUCAGCAAAACAUGUCACGGGCUUACAACGCAGACCGUUUGGCGAUUAUAUACGUCAUUAAUUGUUAAUUAAACUUUAAAAUUACAAUACUCCACAAAGACAGGGGCGGUAAUAUUCCAAGGACGUUGCGAGAUAUAACAAUCUAGCGAGUUCUUUCGUCAAGAUACAUGACAAAAUCAUGUCAUUAACUCCUACAAACCAUUGAUUGAUAUUUUACAGCAUUCGAAAUAUAUAUAUAUGCUAUUUUUAGACUGUCAGAAUUUCAGGAUGAUUAUUGUGUACUUUUUCUAAAGAAAUGUACAUACGUUCUGUAGAGACACCCCACUCCCCCAGGCCUAGGCAAGCGUGUCUAAAAUCUCCAAAAGCGAAAAUAACCCAUCCCCUUUCAGAGCGUACGUAAUAAAUAGAUUACCCAUCAUAGUAUUUACUUAUAUAUAUAUAUAUAUAUAUAUAUAUUUAUAUAUAUAUUUAUGCAUAUAUAUAUAAGGCAUCAUCAAUAUAUUUAACUUCAACUAAAGGCAUGCCUACUUUUAAAAUAAAUAAUAGGUUUUAUCUAAACGGAAAACCUGUUGAUAUCACUACUUUAGAAUAUACACUUCUCAGCAUACAUUUUAGCCAAUUUUAAUUAAUUUUUAAUAUAGUUUCUAUGCAUUUCAAUUUAAUAAUAAUUUACAGGAAUACUAAAGAGUUAUUUAAUCUUUUCUAUAUUGAAGAAAAAAAAACAAACAAACCAUUCAUAGGUAUAUAUAUUCAUGUAAUGUAUAUUUAUAUAUAUUUUUUGCAAUAUUAUUAUGAUGAUUUUCAAAAAACUUCUUUAAUGGUAAUAUUUACAUAUUUUAAUAUAUUUUUUUUAUAGUUGCUCGAAUAAUGUAAUCCUUCUCUAAUAUAUUUUAAAAUGGCUAUCAAAAGAAAUACGGUGGCUUCAUUUAGUUAUUAAAUUAUUUAUUGUAGUUCGAUAAAAAAUAAGUUUUAUUUCUUUUUGGACAGAUUCUUUUCUAAAAUAAGUGUAGCUGAUUCACCACCUUUUUGCAAGUUUAGUUACUUAUUUGAAAUUCCCAAUAUAACCGUAACAAGUACGACCUGCUCUGAUCUUAACAUCACUGAGUAUGGGGAUUCAUUUGAGUGCAGUCUGGUGGGCUCAACUAGUUUUGAAUGCCAACGAAUGGGAAGAAAUAGCUCAUGUGAUGAUAAUAAAUCAUGGACUGUAUUUUACUUGAACAUGACUUCACUUAAACAAUGUGCUGGAAUAUGUUCAGUUAAUGUCAACGAAACAAUUAAUGCUACCUAUCAAGAAAAUAUUACAACAAUUCAGGAAUCAGCUUGCCCGAGACCAACAAAUUCUACAACUACAGAAAUACCAACAACUCUAUCUACACUAUCCAAAACAUCAACGCCUACACUUAGUAGUUCUGCGACAUCCCAAAUUACAAAUCAGCCAACUAAACCCGACUCAGAUAAAUCAACCGUGAUUAUACACCAACCAACUAAAACUAAUGUCACAAAAUUCAUUCCAUUAAUUGCUGGCCUAGGCACAAGUCUUGGUAUCUUAAUAAUCUUCAUCAUCGGCAUGAUCGUUGUUUGUAUGAAGAGGAGGACUUCAAAGCGUAGGAAUACUAUACAAAGGACGUCCGCCGAGGAUCCGAACGUUGGAAAUGAAAUACGUAUUUAUGACGGCUCCGAUAAGACAACACGUGGUGAUUCUAUUUAUGGUAGAGACCUGAAUAAACUUUCUGGCAUUGACUUAGAUGUCUUAGAUAAUGGCAACACUGCGGGCAACGAUGCUACACACAAUAACAAUAAACAUAAUACGAAGAAAAAAAAUAAUUUACUGACGGAUCAAGGUUAUUGUGAGAUUGGGAUAGAACAGUUACGACCUGAAGAAAACAAUAAAAAUAACUUAUCUGGUUCACCCACUACAUUGGAUAAGGACAAUGGCUAUUUAGAGGCCAGUAUGUCGGAUAAGGACACUGACUAUUUAGAGGUAAGCGUCCCUAAAUCUGAUGGAAAGUUAAAUGGCAACACUACAACGACAAGCCAUUCACACUCAAAUGAAAUUGACACUGGAUAUGAACAUGUAGGUGGCAUAGAUAAACCUAUCAGUAAUAUCUACGCAAGGCUUGGAGAUAGUAUUAGGGAGUUUGAGAAUCCCUAUAACGAAACAUCAGGCAGUGAUAAUUAUUUAAGACAAAGUGUGUCUGAGAAUGUGAAUGUAAAUGCUGGAACAAACCCUAGACACAAUAUGCCAGAUACCUUGGGGAUUUCACCUGGACCAGAUGAUUUUAUUGUAGUAGAAGAACCCAAUGACGUGUAUGCUCAAGUAAUGACAACAAAAAAGCCAGAUGUUGCUAUUUCGUACGUAUAGUUUUGUUGUUAAAAAUAAAACGAACGAACUAUGUAAAUAGGUUUUUAAAAUAUCAAGGUUACAACAUAUUUUACUUAAUUUACUAUUAUUUAUUAAUGAUAUCAAAAUGGUAUGCAUGGACUUGUUGAGCCAGCAGAUACAAGGCUAACACAGCAGGAUGUAAUGUAUUGUUGGGUACACUGUUGAAUAGGGUAAAACGUGUUAAUGGGUUGGGGGAUCUAUUCUGUAAGUUAACCUUGUUUGCUUCAAAAUCAACACAUUAAGAUUUCUCCAGUUGCGGCUCAUUGCACACGAUACACAAGGCCACGGAAUAUUCUUGGUGCUUGUUAUUUGGCAGGGAUUAAACACGCAGCUGUCAGGUGUCUGUUACGUUAUCAAGAGACAACAACCUGUCACCAGCAUGCCCUAUGUGACACUGUCAGAGUGAACAUGUCAAGG